AGUCUCAUAUACUUCAGAAUGCAGACUCUGCGAAUUGCGAAAACCAACAAAAAGACUACCGGUAUACGGUACUGGUGCCGAAACAAAUUGUGAAAUUGGGGGAGAUUUUGCUAUAUGAAAUUUGACGAAUAUUAUAAUUAAGAAGUGGAAGUCCUGAAGCGAAGACUGCCAUCCACCAAGAAGCAUGUCGUCAUCUCAGCCAGACAAGUUUGAACCUUUGGUAGAGAAUCUUGAGAGGUUUAUUGAAAUCACCAGGCAGUUGGGACUGGUUGUCAGUGAUUUCCAACCGCAAGGACAAGCUCCUCUUAACCAAAAGCUACACAUGUUGGUGAGCAGCCUUCAAGAACUAGAUAAAAACAAAGAACAAGUCCAAGAUGUGCAAGUACCUCUAGAGCUCAUUUAUGAGUAUGUUGACCAAGGCAAGAACCCACAACUAUACACCAAGGAUUGCAUGGAGAGAGCUGUAGCUAAGAAUGAGCUGGUUAAAGGAAAGAUUGAAACAUUUAGGAGAUUCAAGAAGGCCCUGGUUACAGAACUGGGUAAAAUGUUUCCAGAAGAGAUUGACCGUUACAAGACUGUGAGAGGUAGCGACACAUGAUGAUCUCAUUGAGUAUCCUAUUGACUUGUGAAAGGACCAUUGUGCAAACCUUGCCUUGUGUUAUGAAAAGACAGUGAUGGUUUUGGACCAGAAAUUGGAGAGGAUUACUGAAGGAGAAAAUCGAAAAGGUAACCCUUGAUGGAUAAAUGAAUCAAUGCAAUAUUGAGUCUGCACUUCAGAAAAUGGUGGAAGUAUAGAGUGAGGCCAGCUAAGUUGAAUCUUUUGAGAUCACAGAACUCUAGUUUGACCCACGAGAAAGUUGAAUAAGAAGAGGUGAAUUAUGCUGUGCACAUUCUGGACUGAAAAAUCAGCUCUGACCGUGAAGACGAUAAUUCAACUUAGACAUAGUUAACUUUUAUGUAGUCUUAAUGUAUUUGUAGAUGGAAGUGUUUUAAGAUAUUUUAGAUUUCAUCAUUAUGGUGUCUGAACGGUAGAAGAAACUACACACUACAUUGCAGGGUAAUAUCUGUGGAUUCAUUGAUGGCAUUGUCUUCAAAUAUUCCAAAAGCAACCAAUAUCAAGUCUGAAUGUACAUAUGAUUUGAGAUUGUAGGAGUUUGUAUGGAGUCUACACUGCAAAAAAUUAUUUCAUUUGCUGAUGGAGCGGUGUCUUUGGAUCAUGUACGGUUGACUCUAACUACAUUGCAAGUCAAAUCCUUGGGACCACGAAAAUUCUAUUCGACUUAGGCGAUCAUUUUGACUUACGGAAGGUAGACUAUACAGAGUGUAACAUUUUUCAGACGUCAUCAAUACGAUACAUGUAUUCACACAUGUAAUCGCAGAAUAUGCAUAGUGCAAUUGGGAAGCCUGCGGAGAAGACUAGAUGUUUACUGGCUUAGCUUGAACAUACAAGAUGUUACCAAGGAACGUUUGAUGGUGACCUGGUUGGUCAUUUGUUAGUUCAAAACUGUUAUAGCCAAUUUUAAUAUAAUCUUCUCAGGCUUCUCAACCCUAAAAGGACUGGGCUUUAUGAGAUGUAUUGAGGACGGGGGCAUGAUGGCCCCCCCUUCUGAUCUCAGCCGCUGUUCGCGCCAAAAUUUUUGGCAUUCCUGUAUGUCGCGAAUUUGGUCUCAAAAGUUGCGAGACUUCAAAGAAAAAAGUCAUUGAAUUUUGUGGCGCUAUUUUUUGCGUUUCGGAAAUAUUGCACAAAGAGUUGAGGGGGAGCCAUCAUGGACCCCCAGUCCUUUUAGGGUUAACACAGUUACUUUAAAGCCAUGCUACUCAGAGUCAAUAUGUAGCCCUUUCCCCCUAUCUCCCUUCCUCGCCCCUCUCCUUUCUCGCCCCUCUCCUUUUUCCUCCCCCUCUCCCCUUCACUCACCCUCUCUCAAUCCAACUCUUUCUUCUCAAACAUAUGCUAUCUUUUUCUCUUUCUCUUCCCAAAUCUCUUUUUCGACUGGAAGUGAAAAUUAAUAAAGACAAUGAUGUAAAAUGAAAGCUAAACUGAAUGCCAAUCAUGUGUGAUAUACUUGAAAAUUUAUAAAGACAUUAACAAUUUGUAAAUUUA